AUUAUAUUGAAAUCAUAUAAGAAUAAAAAAGAUUUUAUAUUUCUUAAACAUUUAAAGGAAAAACAUUUAAAGUUUCAAGUAUAAUUUGUGGGAUUUAUUGCAUUUAUAAAAUUUUGAUAGUAUAAAAUAAAAAUUAUUAAAAAUAAUAUAUUUAUUAAUUAUUAUAGAGCUCUUACAAUUAUAUAGUCGGAAGAAAAAAAUAACUGGAUCCUAUUAAUAAAUUAUUAAAAAAUAUCUUACCUUUUAUAGGAAUAGUGGUACCUGAAAAAUAAUAUGAUAUAGUAAUAACUUAUUUAUCAUUUAGCUUUUUAGGUUAUUUAAUGAUAACAAAUGUAAGAUCAUUUUGUUUUCAUUUAAUAAAUAUGUUUUAAUUUUUUAUUGGGAGCAUUUAAUAAAAUCAUAUAUCAACAGAUAUUGUUGUUUAUUGUUUAGCCGAAGUACUUGGAGUGUAUUUUAUUUCUACAUUAAUAUUAAUUUAAAAUAGUGUUGAUUAAAGAUAUUUGUAUAGAAAAUAUUAUUGA